AUGACUGAGCCCAUGGAUCGCACCAAAAAGGAGGCACUUUCUGCUGGUUCGAGCGAGACUGCAGUGGCGGGCGCCGCUGAGUCGACCUCGGCGCAGAUGGAGGUAGAUGGAACUCGCCAGGAAAAAAAACUCUCGCCUUCUUCUUCAUCGACGCACUCCAAGGAUCAAACCGGGGAGCGUGGCUCGCCGGAAUCGCUCUCGCCGGGCGAAGAGCAUAGCCCCUUGCAAUUGACGCCGUCGCAAAGUGAAAGGAUGAACAAGAAGCAGGUGAUGGUCAUCAUGGGCGCAUUAUGCCUGGCGCUUUUCCUAGCUGCAUUAGAUAUGACGAUUAUCUCCACUGCUUUACCCACCAUCGCGGCUAAGUUUCAUGCCAAUGAAACUUCAUACACAUGGAUGGCAUCGUCGUAUCUCCUUGCCAACGCCGCAUGUUUGCCUCUUUGGGGAAAACUCAGUGAUAUCUGGGGCCGCAAGAUCAUCAUUCUCCUAGCAAACAUCCUGUUCCUAGUUGGUAGCUUAAUAUGCGCCUUGGCCAACAGUCUUGCCGUAUUUCUUGUUGGCAGAGCUCUACAAGGUAUUGGAGGAGGUGGAAUUAUCAUUCUAGGUCAGAUCUGCGUAAGUGAUCUGUUCAGCGUAAGAGAGCGACCUGUGUAUUAUGCUAUGUUUGGUGCGGUUUGGGCCAUCGCCGGCUCACUCGGCCCUGUUAUUGGCGGAGCUUUAACCCAGAAAGUCACAUGGCGAUGGUGUUUUUAUAUCAACCUUCCUGUGGGAGGUGUGUCGUUCUUGAUUCUUCUUAUUUGGCUUAAGAUUGAGUCACCCAAAACUCCGCUUCUUGCUGGCCUUCAAGCGAUUGACUGGCUGGGAACUUUAACGAUCAUCGGUGGCACCAUCAUGCUUCUCUUCGGACUGGAAUUCGGAGGAAUUACAUACCCUUGGAAGUCUGCAACAACGAUCUGUUUGAUUAUUUUUGGCGUCGUUACCCUAGGACUCUUCUGGGUCGUCGAACGGAAAAUCGCCAAAUACCCAAUCAUCCCCACCACCAUCUUCGAAUCUUUGAGCAAUAUCUUCACUCUCGGCGUCAGCUGGUCCCAAUCCAGUCUUUUCAUUGCCGGAGCAUACUAUCUCCCAAUUUACUUCCAAACCGUACUGGGUGUGGGCCCAAUUCUCAGCGGUGUCUACAUUCUCCCGCAGGUCGUCGGACUAGCCGUACUGUCUAUCGUUGCCGGAUUCGUCAUUCGUAAAACGGGCGACUACCUCUGGAUCAUGCGCAUUUCCUUGGUGAUCAUGACUCUAGGCUACGGACUUCUCAUCGACCUUAAACCCUACGCAUCCUGGCCGCGCAUUAUUAUCUAUCAGCUCAUUGCCGGUAUCGGCAUUGGCCCAAACUUCCAAGCACCCCUUAUUGCCAUCCAAUCUGUUGUGAAGCCCUCGGACGUCGCCUCUGCCACCUCAACAUUCGGGUUCACGCGCCAGCUCUCGACAUCCACGUCUCUCGUCUUUGGCAGCGUGGUCUUCCAAAACGUCAUGAAGCAGUCAGCAUCUAAGAUCAGAGAGGCGCUUGGCCCUGAGCUCGCACCAGCGUUCCUUGGCACCAUCGCAGGCUCGAACAUCGAAAGCUUGCAUCUUCUUAACGACGCGCAAAAGCACGUCGUAUUUGUAGAAUACACCCAUGCCUUGAGUCGACUGUGGGUGUUUUACACCGUGGUUGGAGUCCUGGGAUGUCUUUUUAGCCUUGGGAUCAAGAAAAAGGAGCUGAGCCAGAAGCACGAAGUCACAAAAACCGGCCUUGCGGAGCAAGAGCGCGCGAGAAAAGAAAGAAUCGCGGAGGAACAGGAGAAGAAGAGACAGAAGGCCCAGCGAAACGGCGCCCAACGCGAGAAGCAACAGGAGGUUUAG